AACACAGCUGUUGCUUUCUGUGUUUUUUCGAUUUCGUUGGCACGGUGAUAAUUACAAAUCGUUUUUGAAUUGAGAGAUGCUUGAUAAAGAUCAUAAUCAUAUGAAAGAUAUUCUUGAUCAAUACGAAGUUGUUGAAUGCUUAGGAAAAGGAUGCCAAGGAACAUCAUAUAAGUUGAGACGUCGAGAUAAUUUAGAAUAUUUUGUAUUAAAGAUGGUGAGAGAAAAUUUCACAUUCAGAAUCCUGGAAAAAGAUAGAGUGUAGAAGUCUAGAUCAUGGAUAUCUAUUGUGUGAAGAGUUUAAUCAUAUUCAGAAGUUCAUACAUCCAUACGUAUCAAGAAUUUUAGAAAUUCAUAUGUCAAUGAACUCAGAAGUAACCUUUAUUUUUUGUAUUACUCAUUUUAAGAACUCGGCAAUUUAUGUUUCUGUUAUUCGUAGCUAUAUCGAUCUGCCGAGCUUAGACUCCAUAAUUAAAGACAAAAUAGAAAAAUCUAGGUUUGAGUGGAAUGUAAGAAAUACAACUUUCCAUAUCUAUUUUACGGAAAAAUAGUUAGUAUACCGAAUUUUUGGAAGCGUACUGACGGUUAUAACUUCACUGAAAGAGGCGAAUUGUGGCUCUAUGUAACUUGUUCAUACGUUAACCCUUUUAAAGCUAUUUUCAUCCUGGUAAUAUUUUUCUUAGUGAGAAAGGAUUUUUCAUGACGGAUAUUUGGGGUCCGAAUCUGAUGAAGUAUGCUCGUGGAGUAGAUGUUUAUGUGCAAUCAUUUGAAUACAUAAUGAAUCCUGAUCUUUUGGGUGAACUAACCAUUGAAUGUCCUCCGGAUGAGCUCCCACGAAGACGUUUACCCAGAUACAUUGAAUGGUGUGCUCCUGAAACAAGUCAGUUUGAAUUUACUGAUAAAUCUGAUGUAUGGACUUUGGGGUGCAUAAUCACUAUUGUAAUAUACAUUAAAUAUUUAUUCAAAAAUGAAGAGAUUUUAGCAGUUGAUCAACUCAAAGCAAAAGAAAAUGUAUUUCUCCAUCUAUCAUCUACAGAAGAAUUAGAAACACACAAAGAACUGUUUAAGUUACUUUCUCAAAUGAUGAAAAACAAUCCAUCUGAGCGUAUAAGCUUAAAUGAUCUUUUAGACGAUUUAUAUGUUCAAGUACUUUUAAAACAUACGAAUCCAGAAUUUAUUAUGAGAGCUAAACGAUGCAUUGUAACAGAAGCUGAUAAACCUUUCCCAGUGAAUGAUAAUAUGGAAGCAAAAAUCAAAUAUUUUCAUAUCAAUUGGCAACAUGAGAAUUGUAUUGAGAAAGCUGUUGUUUGGUUCGCAGAAAAUAUUCUGAACGAUAAGCAUAUGAAUUUAACACAUAGAUUAUCAUCUCAUUUAUUUCAACUAAUGUAUUUACAUAAAGCUAAUCUGUCAAUUAUUACAUCAUCUUUAAGGAUAUUAAUUCAUUCUAUUGAAAAUGAACAAUUACAAUCUAUGUUAACAUGUUCAAGACAUUCUCGUGAAGAUGUUAGUAACCGAUAUUUCUCUUCUUCUUCUUCAUCAUCAUCAUUAUCAUCAUCAUCGUCAGAUAAACUAUUAAAAGAAAGUAAUUACUUUAAAAAGAUUUGUGAAAUAAACAAUUUAUAUCUUGUAUUAAUCAUAUUGCGAAACUAUUUUCAAUAUGUCAAUGUACAAAGAUUAGGCUUAAAAUUUUUCAAUUCACUUAUCAAUAAAAAUUAUUCUACAUUUAUUAAUUUAAAUAUAAUAAAUGAUUAUUUACAAAUAAAUAAUAAAAUAUUUAAAAAGCUUUAUACAAUUAAUUUAUGUCAUCAUUUAAUUGAAUUAAUGAAUUAUACAACGAAUAAAGAUAUAAUUAAAAUAGGUAUUAGUUAUUUAUGGAAAUUUUGUAUCUAUGAACCGAUUGCUCUACAAGCAGCCGAUAAAGACACAUUAUCUAUCACUGUGCAACUAAUGGAGUCUAAUAAAUUUGACAGUGAAAUUUUUACAAAUGGUUCUAUGAUUAUUGUAUCUUUAUUACGUAUUGAUAAAGUUAAAAGGCAGAUUAUAGAAUACAAUAAGUUAAUCUAUAUUCUACUGAAUGGUUUAAUUCAAUUUAAAAAUUUACCAAUAACUAUCUGGAAUAUAUGUCUAUGCUUACAAGUUGUAAUAUCUUUGUCCGAAUAUUUUGCUUUACAAUUUACUGAUGAAGUGGAAGAAGAUGAAUCGAAGAAAGAGAAGAAAAAUGGAUUUGAUAUAUUAUAUUUAAUUUAUAACAUACAUCCUGAUAAUACAACGAUUACUGAAGCAUUACUAAAACCUAUCACAUCACUAAUGAAAUAUGAGUCUUAUAGAUAAUGCAAAGAAUCUAUUAAACAAAAUGGAAAACUGAAAUGCUUGAAAAAUGGAAACUUAAAUACUCUUUAAUAAAAUAAAUAUUAAUUAUGCAAAUAAAUCUAUUUGUUUAGUAUUUAAAACAUACUUUUUGAUUUUGACAUACUUUUUUGAUGAUCAAGUUUAUUUCACCGUCUUCAAAAAAAAACGCAAUAUAUUCAAUUGUUUAAUGAUUGAAUUUACAAGUCAAUUGGAGCUAGAUCACCGUGAAAACCUGGAAAUACUGGACUGUUGUUUUAUCCUGGUAUGAGACUCCUCAGUAGUGCGCAUUCACGAUCCUGACCCACGAGAUUCAAACCCAGGAUUUAUUGCUCUGGCUCGUAAACGCUUUAGAUUUAGGCCACAAUUUAGUCAUGGAUUCAAUUAUGAUUAUUUAAUUAAUUUAUUUUAACACAUAGGUAUUGGUACAAGGAGGCACCAAAUACAUAUGCGCCAC